AUGGUACAUGCAGGGUCUGAAGCCGGUUUUAUACCAAAUGGUUUAUUAAUGUUUAAAUCCGGAGCCAAAACGGGCGACUAUCACGACGACAUGAAUUAUGAAAAUUAUUCCAAAUGGUUAACUUCACAAUUAAUACCAAACCUACCACCGAGAUCCGUCGUGGUAGUAGACAAUGCAUCCUACCAUAAUACACAAUAUAAUUUGGCCCCAAAUUCAAACUCCAAGAAAUGCGACAUGCAAGCCUGGCUGACUGAAAAAGGAAUUUCGUUUGAUCCAACAAUGUACAAGCCACAGUUGUACGAACUAAUAAAAACGAACAAAGAAAAUUUAAAAAAUUAUAAUAUCGAUAGAUUAUUAGCACAACACAAUCAUAGUGUCCUUCGCUUGCCGCCCUAUCAUCCGGAUCUGAACCCCAUUGAAAUGGCGUGGGCCGCAAUCAAAGGUUACGUUAGCAGCAAAAACGUAGCGUGGAACGUCACACGCGUUAUGGAACUGGUGAAACAGAAGGUAGAUGCUAUGGGAUCAAGUGAAUGGCAAAAGUUAUGUUCAAAAGUAAGGUCUAUUGAAGACGACUAUUGCAAAAGCGACCAUGUAGUGGACCAGUUGACAGACCAACUUGUUAUUCAAGUGGGAGAUUCAGAUAGCAGCAGUAGUAGCGAUUGGGAAGUCUUUGAUGAUGACGAACCCGGUCCGAGCACCAGUACCAACCCCAGUACCAAUCCAAGAACUUCGACUUCAUUUGCUGAUUUUGAGGGUUUCACGCCGUUGAGUGAUAGUGAUUAA